AUGGCAUACCUCCACGGCAAACUUAAGAACGGCAAACAGGGCAUCCAGCUCGACUUUUUCUUUACCGCCCGCGGCGAAAUGAUGCAACGUACACCACUAGGCAUGCUUAGGUCUUUACUGAACCAGAUAUUUGACUGCGAUGUGACCGUACGCCCUCAAGUACGCGAAGCCUAUGAACAACGAUGUAGGCAAUUUGGAUACGGUGAAGGCAUGUGGGAAUGGCCACAACUGGUGCUCGAAGAGUUACUAGCAGGUGUUAUUUUAUCAUCUGCUAGUCGGCAACCUGUAACAGUGUUUAUCGACGCUCUAGAUGAGACCGGAGUUCGGUCUGCUCAACAACUCACGGCGUAUUUCCAUCGACUUAUUGACCGAGCAGCAAAAAGAAAUGCUGCUGUUCGAAUCUGCAUUUCAUGUCGACACUAUCCCAUCAUAGCAAGUGCCCAGGCUAUGGAGAUUCCUGUCGAACAGCAUAAUUGCAAAGACAUCGCUCUAUACAUCAAGGACGUGCUUACUGAGAUAGAGGUUGACAACAAUCCUAGCGAAGAUAUGAGAGAAAUGUUGAUGGAACAACUAAUUCAGCAAGCGAAUGGUGUGUUCCAAUGGGCUCAUCUCAUAAUGCCUCUUGCUCGACAGAGGAUUUUUGAAGGAGAAUCGUACGAUGAUAUCUGUUGCUGGUUACGCGAGGUUCCGGCCGGCCUAGAAGAGGUGUAUAUAUACAUUCUAAAAAAUGUGAUAGAAGAGCGAAACUUGGAGCAAUCGUUCUCGUUGUUUCAAUGGGUUUGCCUGGCUGAACGACCACUAACUGUGAUCGAAAUGCGGUAUGCCUUAGCAGCUAGAAAUGCCCAAAUCACGCGUGCACCAGAGACAUGGGAGAAGAUCAAUGGCUUUAUUGAAAGCGACGAACGAAUGAAGCGAAGAAUCAAGGUCCUUUCUGGUGGAUUAGUGGAAGUUGUCCCAAGCGGAGCAGCGAAGGAAACUGUCCAGGUGGUACACCAGUCAGUUAAUGAUUUCUUGCGCGCGAAAGGCCUAGCUGUUUUGAGUGAUAAUAUCGGCGCCAGAAGUCCGGCCUUAGAAAGGGAACAGAUUCUCUUACAAUGUCAGGCAAAUCUCUACCGGUCUUGUCUUUUUUAUCUCGCCUUGCUCCGUAUACGUGGAGAUAUCUCAAAUAAUUUCUGGGAGAAGAGAGGGGAGACUAGAGAGGACCUUAUCCAGAGCAACCCGUUGCUUACUUACGCCACUGCCAACCUCUUUAUUCACGCGGAAAAGGCUGGUCACUCUCGUGUGCUUAUACUACCAAAUGAACUAGAUAUACUACGGCAGGUGUUAGGUCGAUGGGUCCAGAUAUACCGAGUUCUCAACCCUUUCAAUCCAGCGUGCCCACCAAUACGUACUACAAUCAUUCAUAUGGCGGCAGCCGCAAAUCUCGUCGACAUCAUAGAGUGUGUGUCUUGGAACAGCGGGGAUGUGGCAUCGAAAGACGCAGGUGGAAACACAGCUUUCCAUUUAGCAGCGCGAUACGGUCAUAUAUCAGUUGGGAGAAUGUUGCGUGAGAAAGCAGCGAAUUCUAGCUAUGGGCAUACGGGAUUUGUCGAAUGGCUUCUGUGCGAAGGUGUAAACUUUGAAGCAACAAGGGGUAAAGGCGAUGCACUACUAGCAGCUUCAUCGAGGGGGCAUCCAAACGUUGUUAAAAUAUUGCUUGGGGCUGGCGCCAAUGUCAAUGCUCAAGGUGGCCGAUAUGGUAAUGCCCUACAGGCUGCUGUAUAUAGGAGAAAAAGUGAGAUCGUGAAGAUCCUCCUCGACGCUGGCGCCGAUGUCAAUGCUCAGGGGGGUGAAUACGGCAAUGCCCUACAGGCUGCUGGCGGUCUAUAUGGAUCAUCUCUCUUAGCGGCUGUUUAUGAGGGCAAUGCUGAGCAAGUUCAAAUACUUCUUCGCGCCGGCGCAAAUGCGUUGCUCGCAGAUGAGCUCGAGCGGACUCCUCUUCACAUUGCGGCCUCGAAAAAUAGGCUUGAUAUCCUUCACCGAUUCCCGGAGCUCUUCAUCCCUAUUAAUAAUCGGGACAAGUUUUUACAAGCCCCCCUUCACCUGGCUAUUUGUCUUGGCCAUAUCGAAUUUGCCAUGAAGCUCCUCCACUUUGGUGCCAAUCCUUCUCUUCUAGAUGGUUAUGGCAGAAAUACCCUGGACUGGGUAAUAGGAAAUGAGAGCCUAGUGCACCAAAUUCAAAACCACUACCCUUCAAUUGUCGUGACGCCCAAUGAUACUCAAGAGUUCGCUGUUCGGCAAUCAAUUCUUCAAGUCUCAGACACGCUUCUCCAGUCUCAACUAAAGCGCCCAUGGCCACUUUUACAGCAAUUGGGUCGCUAUCUGUUGUUUCUCAAUGACGAGGACAAUGCCCGAUGUCUAUUUCAGCUGCAUUUCUCUCAGGAAACUUAUCCUGGUACCACUGUAUAUCAGCCUACGUGUGAUCUUUGUACACGGGUUAUCAACGGCUCUCGCUCUGUGUGUAGAACUUGCGCCCAUAUGGAUCUAUGCUCGACCUGCGUGCAGAAGCAUCCCUUCCACAGUCGACUACACCCAAAUCAAGAGCAUAAGACCUUUGAAGUGUCACAAGUGCUUGAUCAAGAGUCUCCGCUUCCCACAUCAGUAUCAGAGGAGUUGCGAAAAUAUAUCGACAAGUUUUCUGCGCCAAGUAGCCAUGGAAGUGGGAAUAGAUCGUCAAAAGAUUCCCUGGCUCUUUGGCUAUCCAAAAUCACGGCACCCGAAGAGAGAACUCUAAUUCCAAUGGCUCUUGGCCCAAUCUCAGUGAUCUCUCUUCUGUUGCUUGGGCUUGGGCUUGGGCUUGGGCUAAUAGCAUGUUUGUUUGGAUAA